CGUCACAGUAGGUACCUGCCGCUUGGCAGUGUUUUCGGAGCUACUGACGAUGUCUGCGGUAGCCUCUCUUUCCCUCGCCUUCUACUCGCCCAUAGAAUUUCAGCCACAGCAGUUGUCGCCGUUAACGCCAAGAUCACCACCCAGUGCCUAUCGGUGUAAAAAUAAAUAGUAACACUCCAGGGCCGAGCCCGGGGUUGUGCAAGUGGGCUCUUCCGGACAUUUGCACCUAUUCUGAGGGCCGUGACCCGUCUCGAAUCGGCAGUGUUCCCGGCCAUGGGCUCCCAGAGACCCAGUGUAUGGAUUCCAAUGUUACGAUGUAUAACGCCUCAGACGGCCGAAGAGUACGGCCACGGCGAGAUUUGAAAAAUCACUGGUGCUUCCUGCCAGGAGUCGUUCCUUUGAAACCUGGAUUACGUCCUCCUAUUACUCCCAAGUCAGUUUGCGAGAUGGGGAGCAGUCAAUCGAGUCCCGGUUCUGUCUCGGCAACCGUCACAACCCAGGCACAACUGCAGAGCUUCCAGUAUGUAGCCCAGCAUGCUGCGGCCGCGUACUGCAACUCGGCCGGUUCCCUGACGGCGGGGACCCUUAUAUCAUGCGGAAACGAUGCUUGUCCGGAUCUAGAGAUGAAUCGGGCGUUUUUGGAGGGAAUCUUGGACGCAAAUGAUGGCACUGGCACCGCUGGGUUCGUGGGAGUGGACCCAGUACAGAAAGUUAUCAUCGUCGCAUUCAAAGGGACGGAUAACGGGGCUACCUUCGCCUAUGAUCUGGAGGCUGUCACCACUGAUACAAACUUAUGCGAUGGCUGCAUGAUACACGGCGGCUUCGCCACCUCAUUCGAUAACAUGCAUCCAGCCGUAACAAAGCUGGUCAAAUCUGCUCGCAAAAGCCACCCGGACUUCAGCAUCGUGACGACUGGCCACAGUCUGGGAGCAGCCAUGGCCACAAUGGCUGGCGCGUGGCUCCGGCAAGACGGGUACCCUUGCGACAUCUUCACUUACGGAUCACCGCGCAUCGGCAAUGAAAAACUAGCCAGCUACAUCUCGCAGCAGGAGGGCAAUGAAUACCGAAUUACUCACUUGAACGAUCCUGUACCGCGCUUGCCAGGUCACUGGCUUGGCUAUAGACACACCGACACGGAGUAUUGGCUUUCAACAGGUCAAGCCACCACCAUCGACUAUACUAUUUCUGAGAUAAAAAUCUGCAAGGGUACAUAUAAUACGAACUGCAAUGGCGCUGGAAGUAUGGGAACAAGUUAUACUCCUCAUGGGUACUACUUCCGCAAAAUCGGGGCUUGCAGAAAGACAUAGACAGGAUCGGUCACAGCUUCAUCCCCUUGCAGUUGCCUGUGAGGUCUCGGCGAUAUAAGUGGUUUCGCUUCUAUUCCGUAUACGUUCGAGGACGGACAUACAUGGCGCCUUCAUACGGUGGUAAUUCUAAUUAUAAAACCCUUAAAUAUCCG